GGUAUGAUACAUUACCCAGGAAAUACAAAAAGAAUUUAAAAAAUUUAUAUUUGGUUCAUAGUGGUUUUUUAUCAAAAACUCUUUUGACCAUUGUAACUCCAUUUAUAUCACCUAAAUUUUGGAAGAAGGUUGAAUAUAUAGAAAAGUUAGAAGAUUUAUUUUUAAAAUUGAAUAUAAAAGCAUCAAAAUAUUUAAAAUAUUUUCCAUAUAUUGUUCAAAGAAAUGAAGAAGUUAUGUUAGGUGGUCAACCUAUAUCUCCAUUUGGAGCUGACUUAGAAAUAUUAUGUCAAAGAUUUGGUAAAAAAUAUUUACAAUUUAAACAUAUACCAUCAAUUCUUAUAGAUUUCUUAACACAUUUGACAAAACCAGAAAUAAUUAAUACAAAAGAUUUAUUUAAUUUACAAGCAGAUGCUUCAACAUUGUAUGGUAUUAUUGGAGAUAUAGAAUAUGGAGAACCAACAACUGAUUUUAAUAAUAUCCCUUCUCUUGUUUGUUCAUUCAAACUAUUUCUAAAUACACAAAAACAUGGAUUGUUAGGAAAAGAUGCUUUUUCAAGAUUACAUUAUUUAAAAAGUACUUCAGCAUCAGAUAAAAUUAUUAAAUUGAAUUUAUCAAAAUUAUAUCAAAAAUUAACUCAAGGAAUUAAACAAUGUGUUUUAUGUCUUUUACAUUUUUUUAAAACUAUUUCUGAACAUGCUAGUGAAAAUAAUAUGACCAUAUUAACACUUAGUAAAAUAUUUGCCCCUACAUUUUUUAGAUCCAAAACUCCCAAUGCUAUAUUUACAGAAUGCAUAUCGCUAGCCAAUAAAUGCAUGCAAAUGAUAAUCCAAAACCCGGACAUAUUAAUGAAUCCGGAAAAGUACAACGAACAAAGUAGUGAAAGUAUCAGCAGUUAUGAAAGUGGUAGCGAAAAUAAUUUAAGAGAAGAUGAAAAUAAAUCUGACGUGAGCAAAUCUGAUGAUAGCAAAACUGAUGAUAGCAAAUCUGAUGAUAGCAAAUCUGAUGAUAGCAAAUCGGAUGGCAGCAAAUCGGAUGACAGCAAAACUGAUGACAGCAAAACUGAUGAGAGCAAAUCGGAUGUCAGCAAAACUGAUGAGAGCAAAAGUGAUGAAAAUAAUUCUGAAGAAUGUAAGGAUGAAAAUAACAAAAUAAAUAACCAAAGUGAUGAAGAUUCAAACGAAUCUUACACUAGUAGAGAAAGUAAUAGCAAAACAAGUUCAUUAGAACAAUCUUCUGAACAAACGUCUGAAUAUUCUUCUUCUAUUCUUUCAGAUAAAGUAAUAAAAAAGAAAAUAAGCAUAAAAAAAAGUACAUCAAAAAAGCUGUCUUUUGAUCAUUCAAUUAAAUCAGAAAAAUCGGACGAUUCCAAAAAUUCAUUUUUAAGUGACAAGACAGAUGAACAGGAUGAUUCCUAUGAAGAUUCGGAAAAAGAAGAAGAAGAAAAAAAAAAAGAAAAUUUAAAAAGGGAGCCCUCUAACGAUGACUAA